UCCAAGUUGGAAGGUCGGAAUGCGGGGCCACGCUGAACUAUCACUGCUUCUGCUCACUGUGCUUGUGCUAUGUGCGCGUUCAGCAGCAGUCGAUGAUUCUACCGAAGAUAGCUACCGUGACAAGAGAAUAUUUACCAUCCUUCGACGCAACAAUAGCUGUAAGCUGUACGGCCAUUCCUGCCUCGGAGGACAUGGGAAGCGAUCGGACGAGCCAUCGGGAGCGCUGCCAGCCGACUACUUGCAGAUGCUACGACGUACUGCGGCCAAUGAAGAUGAGGCGGCUUUGGGCGUCCCACCACGAGGUGAUCGGCCUUCCUCCCUCGAUCGGACCCUACUCCAACUCCUUCGUAAUAGGCUCCCUUAAUGAUCACGCAUAUUCCUCGCCCACACCGAUAGAACACUUCUGAUACAUGAGUGUCAAGGAAGAGAAACACAAAUAAAAACAUGGUUUCA